AUGAAUACAAUGGCCAUCUAUAAACUGCCAUUACAUAUUUGCAACUCCAUAAAGCAGUACUGGUUAAAUAUAGGUAUUGUAAAAAAGCUAGAAAAAUCAAGUAAGACGAAUGCAGUGAAGCGAAAAUGCAAACUCGAAACUCAGGAGAGAUUUUCUUUAGUGAUACUAUUUGUGUUACUGUUAAGUGUGAAUUCUAGUGGCAACAGUUUUAGUGGUGGUAGAAAUUCUAUGCUAAGAACUAGAAUUAUAGGUACGAGAUACGGAAAAUUACAAGGUGUUAUACUACCAAUGGAUCAACAUAAGUACUUAAAACCUGUGGAAGCGUAUUUAGGCGUUCCAUACGCUACACCACCUACAGGAUCUAAUAGGUUCGCUCCAACACGAGCCCCAGCUCCAUGGGAUGAAGUAAGGACAGUUGACCAAAUGGGACCAGUUUGUCCUCAACGUCUGCCUGAUAUCACAAAUGAGACCGUCACUUUGGAGAGGAUGCCAAAAGGCAGGCUCGAGUAUUUGAGGAGAUUGCUGCCGAGACUAAAAAAUCAAAGUGAAGAUUGUCUUUAUAUGAAUAUUUACACUCCAGUUCAAGUUGGUCCAACACUUCAAGCCAAAUACCCUGUGGUGAUAUUCAUUCACGGGGAGUCGUUUGAGUGGAACUCCGGGAAUGUCUACGAUGGCGCCGUUCUCGCCAGCUAUGCGGGGCUUGUGGUCAUCACUAUUAAUUACCGACUAGGCAUAUUGGGAUUCCUUAAUGCAAACCCAAUACCACAUUUGAAAGCGAGAGUAGCAAAUUACGGACUGAUGGAUCAAAUAGCGGCUUUACAUUGGGUUCAACAGAAUAUAGCCCUAUUUGGAGGUGAUCCUGGAAAUGUAACUAUGUUGGGACACGGCUCAGGUGCUGCAUGUAUAAAUUUUCUUAUGAUAUCACCAACUGUUAUGCCGGGACUUUUCCAUCGAGCAAUCUUACUAUCUGGGUCAGCUUUGAGUUCUUGGGCACUUGUAGAAGAUCCUGUUAGUUAUUCCGUCCAACUCGCUAAGCAGUCUAAUUGUACUCUUCCCGAAGAUAUCGUCAAGGACCACGAAUUGAUCGUAGACUGCCUUAGAGAAGUACCAUUACAAGAAUUAAUGUCUGCUGAAAUAAGCACCCCCAGUUAUCUCACAGCAUUCGGACCUUCAGUUGACGGAGUUGUUGUGAAAACUGAUUACGCGAAAGAAUUACUAACUUUCUUCAUUCCAAAUGAUCUGCAAGGGUUCACUAGUGUGUCCGGUGUCAACAAUGUGAAAAUGGACAAAAGAAGUGGAGAUAGGAUUUUCGGGAUAAGAGGCGGGCAAAAUAAAUAUGAUCUGUUAUUCGGAGUAGUAACGAGCGAAGCUCUCUGGAAAUUUUCGGCUCAAGACAUACAAAAUGGAUUUGAAGGAGAGAGACGAGACAGAAUAAUAAGAACUUACGUAAGAAAUGCCUACACAUAUCAUCUAAGUGAAAUAUUCUUUACUAUUGUCAAUGAGUAUACUGAUUGGGAGAGAACGGUUCAGCAUCCAAUCAAUACUCGGGAUGCGGCAGUGCUAGCGCUAUCAGAUGCCCAAUAUGUUGCUCCAUUAGUUCAAACGGGAGAUUUUCUGAGUGUUAGCAAAAGUUCUAUCGGGUCUGGACCAAAUACCUUCUUUUAUGUAUUCGAUUAUCAAACGAAGGACGGUGAUUACCCGCAGCGUAUGGGUUCUGUACAUGGCGAGGAGCUGCCAUAUUUAUUUGGAGCGCCAUUAGUAGAAGGACUUGGACACUUUCCCAAAAACUACACAAAAUCGGAAGUGGCACUAUCUGAAGCUUUCAUUCUCUACGUAGCUAACUUCGUCAAGACUGGGAAUCCCAAUGAAGCCCAAAGGCAGGAGGCUGUCUUACCGAUAUCAAGAGAGAGAAACAAAUUUAAAAGCAUUUUCUGGGAUGAGUAUGAUACGUUGCACCAAAAAUAUUUAGAAAUUGGAAUGAAGCCUCGUAUGAAAAAUCACUAUCGUGCACACCAACUAUCUGUUUGGCUUCGUCUCAUUCCUGAGAUACAUCGCGCUGGAAUGAAAGACGUUGUCGCUAAACACAACCUCUUCCGUAACCACAAUGAUCCUGAACUAUACGACGGAUUGGUUCGACCCGAUCCACUAACUCGCUAUAACUAUUAUGACCCCACUCUUGAACUCUACAGACGUCCAAAUCUUACAUUAUUAGAUAUACCAUCCACAAUAGAAACUUACGUUACCACAUGCGUCAGUGUCAUGUCGCCCCGACCCGACUCGCUUGUCACUCAAAGUCAGACCAAUAUAUCGCAUCCGCAAGACGUAUCCAAUUUAGAGGUUGCUGGUUACACUGCGUAUUCCACAGCUUUGAGUGUCACUAUCGCGAUUGGCUGCUCCCUGUUAAUUCUAAACGUUUUGAUAUUUGCUGGCGUUUAUUAUCAGCGUGAUAAAACAAGAUUGCAAGUGAAGGCGUUGCAGCAGCAAAAGAGAAAUCAGAAUUCGACAUUUGACAGUGUAUCAUCGAAACACCCUCACUAUUUCGUUGGGCAUUCACAAAGUUCCAGCACAAUAGUGGACAUCGAUCAUCAAGACAAGAAUGCUAUUAUCUCUAUGACAAACCGUGUUCACCAUUUUACAAAUCAAAACUGUCCGAACGUUUGUCACACUGGGAUACAAAUGUCCAAUUUGGCUCAGAAACCCAGUCCGACUAAUAGGGGACAAUGCACGACAUUGCCAAGAAAAGUGGGCUUUAGUUAUCAGAAUCAAAUUUGUAACCCAUCCAAUUGUAUGACUUUACCAAAAAAUGCAACGUUCAUGAGCAGUAGCAACUUGCCAGACGUACAAGCACAGACAGGGCAAUCUCAAACAUCAGGAAAUGGCUCGGUCCCUUCCUCUUCUCCACCUUCUCAACAUUUCUCUCAAAAAUCCCGAGUGCCGCAAGCUGCUAUGUCCGAAAUGAACAUAUAUAGUGAUUUAAGUGACGUCAUUUGA